AUGUCCUUUAAUACUUUCGUACAACACAUUAAAUCUGAAUCAUUCCUGCAGCUUGGUUUUUGGAAAUCUAAUAAAACUGGUAUUCCGUGUAAUCCAAUUCAUUGGUUCCAGUUUGCAGACGACGCCGCUGUCAUUAGUAGCCAAGAAAAAGAAAAUCAAAUCCUACUCAAUCGCUUCUCGGUAUGGUGUCAAUGGGCCAAUAUGAUUAUACGUGUUGACAAGUGCUCUACGUUCGGUAUUAAAAAACACUCAUCUAAAUCUGUUCAAUAUCAACCUAAAUUGUUUGUUAACCACCUACUUGUACCCCGUACCGAAACUGGUGAAUCUUUCCGCUACCUUGGUCGUUAUUUUAAUUUCAACAUGUCAGAUGAAAAACACCAAUCGGAUAUAUGUGACUUGUUUAAUAAUAUCAUAUCUAAAAUAGAUGAAUUACAUUUGCACCCCCGAAAUAAAAUCCUGCUAUACAGUCGCUACUUGCUCUCGAAAAUCUCAUGGGACUUCACAAUAACUGAUAUAUCUCAAACAUGGGUUUGCGAGACUUUGGACGGUAUUGCUACUAAAUAUAUACGAAAAUGGCUCGAAUUGCCAAUAUCUGCAACUCUAAGCAAUGUCUAUCUCCCCUACAACAAAUUUGGUUUAAAUGUCAUUCUACCUUCAACGAAGUUUAUACAGUGCCAAACUGUCUCACGCUCAGCUUUAAAGUCAUCGAUAAAUGAAAACAUACGUGAAUUAUGGUCAAUAACAAGCACCAAUAGGAACAUUCAGUACGACAUUUACUCAAACACAAAAGAUGUAUUGAAGGCAUUUAGACAAAAAAAAGCGAACAGCGACUACAAAAUAACCUAA